CCGGCCUGCCGCUCGGCCGUGCGGUACCCAGCGCAGCGGCGGCAGCGGAUUGCGAGGCCGGGGGAUGAGGCGGACGGAGCGGCUCUGGGGCGCGGCGGUGCUGCAGCUGCUGCUGGCGGCCCGGGUGGUGGCGGCGUUUGAGCCCAUCAGCGUGGGCAUCGCCAUCGGGGCCGCGUCGCUCCUCACUACCUACCUGUCCUACAAGGACAUCUACUGCCACUUCUCCGAGUGCUGCCGCGAGGAGCAGCCGCUCAACGCCUCGGCCCUGAAGCUGGAUUUGGAGGAGAAACUGUUUGGACAGCAUGUGGCCACGGAAGUGAUUCUCAAGGCGCUGACCGGCUUCAAGAACAACAAAAAUGCCAAGAAACCACUGACCCUUUCCUUACACGGCUGGGCUGGCACAGGCAAGAAUUUUGUCAGCCAAAUUGUGGCUGAAAAUCUUCACCCGAAAGGCCUGAAGAGUAACUUUGUCCACCUGUUUGUAUCGACUCUGCACUUCCCUCAUGAGCAGAAGAUAAAACUGUACCAGGACAAGUUGCAGAAGUGGAUUCGUGGUAAUGUGAGUGCAUGUGCGAGCUCUGUUUUCAUAUUUGACGAGAUGGAUAAAUUGCACCCCGGGAUCAUCGAUGCAAUCAAGCCAUUUCUAGACUACUACGAGCAGGUGGAUGGAGUGUCUUACCGCAAAGCCAUCUUCAUCUUUCUCAGCAACGCAGGUGGGGACCUUAUAACUAAGACAGCUCUUGACUUUUGGCGGGCAGGAAGAAAGAGGGAAGACAUUCAGCUGAAGGACCUGGAACCUGUGCUGUCUGUUGGCGUCUUCAAUAAUAAACACAGUGGCCUGUGGCGCAGUGGACUGAUCGACAGGAACCUCAUUGAUUACUUUAUCCCCUUCCUGCCCCUGGAGUACAGACACGUGAAAAUGUGUGUGCGGGCUGAGAUGAGGGCGCGAGGUUCUGCCAUAGAUGAAGACAUUGUCACAAGAGUGGCAGAGGAAAUGACGUUUUUCCCCAAAGACGAGAAGAUCUACUCAGACAAGGGCUGCAAGACUGUGCAGUCACGGCUCGAUUUCCACUGAGCUCUUACCCAGAUGGGUUAAGAGGCAACGGGGAGGCUGAGCACACCAGGGCCCUGCCUUCCAGAAGCACUUUGAAACCUCUUCAGGGUUUUGCACAUUUGCACCUAUGGACUUUCGGGAUAGAGAAGUUUCUAAGAGUUAAAAUAUGACAAUGUGCUAAUCUGUCCCAUCCACUUGUCGUUUCACGACAUGACAGAAGUCCAGCUUCACACUUAGGGUUGCCUUAACAAAAGUGCCUGAAGACAGCUGUGCGAGGCAGGCCCAGGGAUCCUUUGUGACCCACGGGACCCACAGCUCAGCAGCUCCCGGGUGGGUGGCAGCUGAGGAGCAGUCGGUCUUCUCCUACAGAAAACACUCUUCGGCCGUUUCCUUUUCUUUACACAGGGAACCUUCACUGACUUAUAGGAUUUUCAGUUGGAGUCUGUGGUGCCUGCAGGUGCAGAUGGCCAGCACUCUUUCUUUUGAUCAGAUAGCAUUCUUAUUUAAAUUGCCAUUUUUAACAUCAGUGGUUUUAAGAUUGCCUCAAAGCUUUUAGCAUUUAGCCAAUUUUAACUCAAACCCAAGCUAGUCUUUCUCCCAACACACUAGGCACAAAUUCUUCCUGGACUGAAUUAGUUAUGAAAGGUAAAGUUUGUUCAGCUGUGAACUGCUAAUCGUCAAAUCCACGCCAAUUCAUUAUCAAGGAGUCAACUAUUUGCGUGUUAAAGAAGCAGAUAAGGUAAUGACACAGACGGCCUAAGGUGGCCAUGCCAUCUGCUGAAUUUGCUGGAAUGCGGAUUACCCCGUACCACUCCUGCUCUCUACUGAAUUGCAUUUUGAGGGGUGGAGCUGGGAGAGACAUCUGAACACGCUCCCAGAAAUUCUGAACCACAACCCUGAAAUCUACCAAACCACCUAACCUUGGAAAGCAAAAUCAGCUGCAUUAUUUUUGACAAAAUGUUUUGGUAAAGGCUUCUUCAGACCGAGGGGGAAAUUCUACAUUUCUCCAGUCUACACCAUCCAGCGAGGGGAGAGCAGCUGCAGAGGCGAAGCCCAAGCUGGGCGCCCCAAGCCUUCCCAGGAAACGCGAACAGGCCCUUCUAAGGGUAAAGAACUUCAGGAUCAGGGCCCAGUGGACACUGGGCAGACUUACUCAACCCUAAUUGUGCAAAGAACCACCCUCUCUGACCCCCUCUUUGGCCUUUUCCAGGUCUAUGGGCAGUGUCCCUGCCCAGAGUCUCAUGGGGCUUCUAGCUGGCAGGCUCCGGAUGAGGAGCAGGGCCCACUGGACCAUCGCAGACAUCAAAGUGUGUGCGCAGUGACUGCUGAGCACUCUUGACCUGUGCUGAACUGUCCCCAUGUGGGAUAGGGGUUCGACCUGAGGCCUCUGCAGCAGGCGGGACAGACAGGUCCCUUCCUCCUGUCUGUUCUCUGGCCACUGAUUCCAGCCCUGGGCGUGGGAUUCCUCACCCAUCUCACCGAGUCAGCCCCAGCCUGCCUUGGACCACACCUUGUCCUGAACUUCACUCGCUGCUAGAUUUCCCCAGCCAUAUCAUAGAGUGAAUCAGAGUGAGACCACUGGCUUUGAGUUUGGGUCCUUGGUUCCCAUGGUGAGCCUUGUCUCUUACACUUUAUAUGUGGGUCAGUCUCUCCCUUGACUCCCCAGAACCAUUGGAAAUCUGUACAACACGCUCAUUCUCCACGACUGGCAUGUGCCCACACUGAGCAGUCAGCUGCAGAUUCUGCAUUGCCAAAGAAGUGGGAGUACUGUACACGAGAAAUGCUAGAGUUUGCAAGGAUAUGUAUUUUUUUUAUAAUGUCUUCUGAACCUCAGAUAAUAGAAAUAUAGGAAAUUGCUUAUUUUAUAAUAAAACAUGGGAAGGACAUAAAA